ACGCCACAAACUAAUAAGGAAAUGAACUAUGCUUCUAACUACAGGCGGAAACCUGUAGCUCUACCUGCACAACUUUGUGACACUGUUUUCGAAUGUUCGUAGGAACUACGGUUUCGGGAAACGCCAAAUCGUUGAAAUAUGUUGGUAACGAUUAAACUUUUGACCAUAGUUCGCUAACGAUGCUUUUGGGAAACGCACCCCUGGUAGGCUGCUAAUACCCUGAGGAAAGCUGAACUGUCUUCCAUUCCAGCCAUCUUUAACAGGACAGGACUAUGAUGUUUAUGAAAUAAAAUGGACGCGUACAAUCAGUUACUUAUCCUCAUUAUGAUGUUCUGAGUGCAUCUCCAACCUACAACUGCUGUAAUCUAACCAUGGCUACUGGAAUCUCAACAGCAGCUUUCGGAGAUUCCUCUCCUCUCUCAGAGCUCAGAAUUGUGCUCUUGGGAAAAAUCGGUGCUGGAAAGAGUAAAGUGGCCAACGCAAUCCUGGAACGCAAGGACCUCAAAGGAGAGAAAAGGGCAUUGUGCAGUUUACAUGAGGGUGAACAGGCAGGAAGAAAGAUCUGUGUUGUGGACACACCAGGAUGGGACAGAGUCUCAGUACACCGAACACCAGAAUACGUAAAGAAAGAAAUUGUCAGAAGUGUGUUACUUUGUCCUCCAGGGCCCCAUGCUCUGCUUCUAGUGAUACCUGUUAAACUCUCUCUUGACAAACCUUCUGUAAGUGAAAUGAAAGCUGCUCAGAAACAUAUGGAGCUACUGUCCAAGCGGGUCUGGAAACACACAAUUGUGUUGUUUGCUUGUGAUGAAGGAGUCGAGGAAUCUGCUAUUGAAGAACACAAGCAGCAAGCAAGGAAAAUCCUGGAAAAGUGUGCAGGCCGAUUCCAUGUUCUUCAGAGCACGACUUGGGAAUCUCCCACUCACAUCUGUGAGCUCCUCAAAAAAACAGAGCAGUUAGUGGAAGAGAACUGUGGUGAUGUCUUCAUAUCACAAAUUCACCAUGAAUUGAUUGAGCGCAACACACCAAAGGACAUUUUAGAGUUAAAAUGGAAGUAUGAAGAAAGAGAAGAACAGAUAAAACAAGCAAACAAGAAAAAACUUGAUGAACUAAUGAGUGUAUAUAAAAAACAGGACGAUGAACAUUUAAAUAGAUCAGAUGGACACAGAAAGAGACGUGGAAGUCUGCAAGGUCUGCCUCCUGAAAUGGAAGAAAAUAAAGGAGAUCCUGAUGUACGGAAUGUGGACUUGGAAGCCAUAAAGCGCAAAUAUCGAGAAGAAAUUCUAACACUAUUGAGAUACUACCUUAAACCUGUCGCGGUGAUAUUUAUGGCUAUAAUUGGAGCUCUUGUUGGUUCAGUUGCUGGAUCUGUGUAUGGGGUUUUUGGGGCUUGUGUUGGAAUUGUUAUUGGAAUCUUGGUACCAAUUCCACUCACCUUGUCACUCAUUGAAGCAGCAGAAGUGGCAAAAGACAGAUCACGAAGGGAUAUACGAACCAAAUAGUGCACAGACUCAAUAAGCUGGGCUUUUCUGGGAAUUUUCAUGCAAAUACACAGUGCUGGGUAGAUUACUUCUGAAAUGUAAUCCAGUACUGAUGACAGAUUAUACGACUCAAAUUCUAAUCAGUAAUGUAAUCUUUUAAAUUACACGUUUCAUUCAUUUAAUGUACAAUCGGUCACAGACUGACUUAUUUCCAUGCUUGUCUAUUAUUGUGGUUUUACCUAUUUCGGAUAAACUGCUGUAUUUACUAAUGAAAGUAAAUUUGAUGCACAAACUUUGUAAGCAACCUGUUUAAUCACAUUUUAUUCGGUGUCCUGUCUGUCUCUAGGACACACCAGAUGUUGAAGUGAAACCUGUUACCUGAUUAAACCUUAAAUUCAACAGCAGCUAAUUUUAUAGUUGUUUGACAAUCAUGUUCACACUUGAGUACCUGAGAUAUCUUCGUAUCUAAGCAUCAGUUCUCAGCCAUCAGACAGAAUGGUAUUGUGCCUCAGACUAAAAGGCUUCAAGUCUCAGGAAAACAACUUAUAAGGUCUUGUACAAUAUGGUAUAGGACCAAAAGGCAUCAGAUGAAACGGCCUAAGACUCAAAAGGCAUCAAACUAAUUUGAAAAGGAUUUUUGCUUUUUCAGAGAAGAAGCUGAUUAAAGCAACAAAUUGUUUCAAAUACUGUAUGGCUGUUUUAAUACGCAACAUGAGGAAGACAUUAACAAAGUCUAUGCAUUGGAAAAAGUAGAAAUAA